GAAGGGCGGGAAAUGGAAGGGGAGUGGCGGAGGGAGGAGAGGACCGCGACGCGGCGCGGAGGGGUCGAGGCUCGAGCCGCGGGGCUAGAGAGCCGCGGCGGAGACGGCGGCUGCGUCAGAAGCUCCGCGGGGAGUGUGCGCCUCCGGGAGACCGAGAGGGACCUGGCGCGAGGGCGGGAGGCGCGCGCUCCUGGCGGGGAGGGGACGCGGAGUGCCCGGAACGUGAGGGAGGAGGCGCGGCGCGGCGCGCGCACGCUUGCGAGAGGACGCGCCCACCUGCCGGCGCGAGGCGCCCGGACUCCCGCGCGCACGCGCCCCCGGCUGCCCUCGCGCCACGGGCCCCGUAACCCCGCGGGUGAGGCGUCGGACGGCAGAGCGCGCGGGAACGGCUGGAGGCCGGGGUGCCGCGUGCGCGCUCACCUGGCACUGGCUCCUGGCGAGGGCGACCUGGCGUCCUUUCCCUCCUCGCAGUGUCAGCUGGAGCCCAGAGAAACUCAUUGUAUCCAGCUCACAUUGAUUUAUGAGGUAUUUCUGCCAAGUGGAAUAUUCAUUUCUGCCCACACCGAGGACCACUCCAGAGGCAAGAUACUGUGUAUUUUACAAAUCGAAGGCAAGAUAUUCCACCAGCAAAAAUAUUAA